AUAAUAUUAGAGAAUCAGAAAUUACGAAAACUUAGUUUGAAAAUGCAACGCCAAAAGAGAUUACAAGUCCAAGCUAUGUCAAUUAGAUCUCCCAAAUCUUCAUCGCCGCCACCGUGGGGGGUUCUUCUUCUUCUUGCUCACCAUCUUGAUCCUAAAUCUUUAGGGGUGGCUUCAUGUGUGUCCAAGUCAUGGUACUUGUCCAUGGCGUCUGACCAUAUUUGGCAACCUUUGUGUAUGAAUCAUUACCCUUCUCUUUCUAACCUUAAGAUUACGCAUCCUUCUGUUUCUUACCACCGUUUGUAUGCCAUGGCAUACGUUGCUGCCAAACGCAGGGUGAGAGGUCCCUCCGUGCCUCAAUUUUCCAUGGACAGUCUCAUCUUUGAUAUCCAUAUUCUGGGCACCAAGGGCAAUCAUCCUAUCGUCAAAAUAGCAAAGCCUGGUAAUGAAUUUUGUUUUGAUCAUAAUGGGGUGUUUAGAUUUGAUUUUGUAGUGAAUAAUUAUGAGUGCUUGACGUCGUCAAUGAAUGAGAUGCUAGAGGAUGUAAAAAUCACAUGGAAUGUGGUGUUGAAAGAUUGGAGUGCGGUUUUUACCAUGAUGGAUUAUGAAGGGAAAGUGAGAUAUUCUCCUGGGUCUGAAGGUUGGUUUUCGCAGGAGUUACCACCACCACGGUGUUGCUCUAGUGAUUCCACAAGUGGGAUCGUGGCAGAUUUGAAGUUGGUGUUCAAUCGUAGGAAAGUUGGUGGUGACAAAGUUAGGGUUGACAAGGUAAGUGUGGGAAUAUUGAAUGUUGUUAAUUGGAGAUACGUGAUUGUUGAGGAUGGUAUUAGGUACCUGCAACAUUUCCUUUUUCCAUCUUGAUUUGUAUAUUUUACAGCCCUUGUAUGGUGGAGAGUUUAUUUUCUAUUUUUUAACUCAUUUUAUGUUCUUCAACAAGUCCACGGGUCGCUUGGUUGAAGUUCUUAAUCUGCACGUCUCAACUGCUGUCGCCAAGCUCUGCAUUAUGUAUAAGUGUUCGAGUACCAUAUAUAUUUUUUUAACUGAGAAACAAAGAGAUAUUACAUGUGUGUGUUGCAAUUUA